GUGGGGGAGCCCGGGAAUUCCCUCCUCCUGAAGUAACGAGUGUGGGGCAGCAGUGCCGUCGUCGCUGCAGCCGGGAGCCCGGGACGAGGAGGUGGAGGAGGGAGAGGGCCCCGCGGGCCUCGCCUCCGCCCGCCGCCACCCCGAGCCGCGGCAGCAGCGACUCAUGCGAGCGCGACUGGACGGCAGAUUUGAUAAUGGGCUGCAUUAAAAGUAAAGAGAACAAAAGUCCAACCAUUAAAUAUAGAACUGAAAGCACUCCAGAACCUGUCAGUGCAAGUGUCAGCCAUUAUGGAGCAGAACACACUGCAGUGGCACCAUCGUCUUCAACAAAGGGAGCAUCUGUUAAUUUUAACAGUCUUUCCAUGACACCAUUUGGAGGAUCCUCAGGAGUGACACCUUUUGGAGGAGCAUCUUCUUCAUUCGCAGUGGUGCCAAGUUCAUAUCCUGCUGGUUUAACAGGUGGUGUUACUGUAUUUGUGGCCUUAUAUGAUUAUGAAGCUAGAACUACAGAAGACCUUUCAUUCAAGAAGGGUGAACGGUUUCAAAUAAUUAACAACUCGGAAGGAGACUGGUGGGAAGCCCGAUCAAUUGCUACAGGAAAGAACGGCUAUAUCCCUAGCAAUUAUGUAGCCCCUGCAGAUUCCAUUCAGGCAGAAGAAUGGUAUUUUGGCAAAAUGGGGAGAAAAGAUGCUGAAAGAUUACUUCUGAAUCCUGGGAAUCAACGAGGUAUUUUCUUAGUACGAGAGAGUGAAACUACUAAAGGUGCUUAUUCUCUCUCUAUUCGUGAUUGGGAUGAGGUAAGAGGUGACAAUGUGAAACACUACAAAAUUAGGAAACUUGACAACGGUGGAUAUUAUAUCACAACCAGAGCACAAUUUGAUACUCUGCAGAAGUUGGUAAAACACUACACAGAACAUGCUGAUGGUUUAUGCCAUAAGUUAACAACCGUGUGUCCAACUGUGAAACCUCAGACUCAAGGUCUAGCAAAAGAUGCUUGGGAAAUCCCUCGAGAAUCUUUGCGACUAGAGGUUAAAUUAGGACAAGGAUGUUUUGGUGAAGUAUGGAUGGGAACAUGGAAUGGAACCACAAAAGUAGCGAUCAAAACACUAAAACCGGGUACAAUGAUGCCAGAAGCUUUUCUUCAAGAAGCUCAGAUAAUGAAAAAGUUAAGACAUGAUAAACUUGUUCCACUGUAUGCUGUUGUUUCUGAAGAGCCAAUUUACAUUGUCACUGAAUUCAUGUCAAAAGGGAGCUUAUUGGAUUUCCUGAAGGAAGGAGAUGGAAAAUAUUUGAAGCUCCCACAACUGGUUGAUAUGGCUGCUCAGAUUGCUGAUGGUAUGGCAUAUAUUGAAAGAAUGAAUUAUAUUCAUCGAGAUCUUCGAGCUGCUAAUAUUCUUGUAGGAGAAAAUCUUGUGUGCAAAAUAGCAGAUUUUGGUUUAGCACGGUUAAUUGAAGACAAUGAAUAUACAGCAAGACAAGGUGCAAAAUUUCCAAUCAAAUGGACAGCUCCUGAGGCUGCACUGUAUGGUCGGUUUACGAUAAAAUCUGAUGUAUGGUCAUUUGGGAUUCUACAGACAGAACUGGUAACAAAAGGCAGAGUGCCAUAUCCAGGUAUGGUAAACCGUGAAGUGCUAGAACAGGUGGAACGAGGAUACAGAAUGCCUUGCCCUCAGGGCUGCCCAGAAUCCCUACAUGAAUUGAUGAAUCUUUGUUGGAAGAAGGACCCUGAUGAAAGACCAACAUUUGAAUAUAUUCAGUCCUUCUUGGAAGACUACUUCACUGCUACAGAGCCACAAUACCAGCCAGGAGAAAAUUUAUAAUCCACAUAGCCUUUUGUAUGCCUAAAUCUGCCAAAAUAUAAAGAACUUGUGUAGACUUCCUUACUUUACCUACAGGAAUCAAAAGAAGAAAGUCGUUUUCAUUCUGCAUGUUUUUAAUGGUAAACUGGAAUUCCAGAUAUGGUUGCACAAACCACUUUUUUUUUUUUCAAGUUUUAAACUCUGAAGUACCAAUGAUGAAUCUUCCAACUUAUUUCAGGGUCCAAAGAAGUAUAGUUAUGAUAUUGAUGAGAGUGUGAGUGAUAAUGUAACAGUGAAGAGCAUCAGGGCUACUUCUUUAUAAACCACUUCCUUUCUUUUAUUUCCCAAACUCAGAAUUGUUAAGAGAAAAUUAUGUAUCAUUAUAGACAAAACUUGGGAGAUAAAAACACUUCUACCAUAAUAAAAUCUAAACUUAAGGAACUUCAUGGGACCAAACAAUUCCAUUCCACUUUUUAAAGAUUUCUUGCAUUCAUUGUUCUCACAAGUUUUUUCUAAGUUGAACUGUUACUAUGCAGUCUUAGUACCUGCUUUCUUUUGCAUGGAAAUGGGCCAGAUUUUUAGAAACAAAAAGGAAUAUAAACAGCAUCUAAAACUUGAUGAAAUGUUAGACCACAGUAGUGGCAUUUGAAAAUGUAAUGCACUAUGUUAAUACUCACGGAACUGGAAAAUAGAAGAUUUUUACUUUAAUCAUUUUCUGAAUAGCUCAGUUUAGAAUAAUGAUGGUAACUAGGAAGUGAGUUAAUUUUUUAUAAUGUUGCAUUGAUUUUUUUUUUAAGGCAACAUAUAAUUGAAGUCAUACUGUCCAAUCCAAGGGGAAAGCUUUUAAUCUUUAGAUAGCAUGAAAAAAUAAGACCUAGCAUAUAAACAGUCCUUUUUAAAAAAUAGACUGGUACUGUGAGAGAUUUCUGAUAUGUACUUACAGUGAUGGGUGCCACAAAUAUGAAAUAUCACUAGAUCAGGGACUGGAAUGCACUUUUGCUCUUACUGAAAAUAGAUUGACAGAGAGGAAAAUAUUUAAAAGAAAUAUGAGAAAAGAAAAUGUGAAAAUUUUACAGAUGGGAUGUUAUACUUAAUAUUAAGGAGUGACAAAAUUGCUUUGCUGGCACUCACAGCUCUUCAAUUCUCUGUUUUCUGAGAUUUUAAGAGUUACAAGGUAUGAUUAAAACUAAUCUUUCUUAACAAACACUAAAUGAGUGUUACAGCCUCAAAUAGCUAAUUUAAGGCUUCCCGCUAAUUCCAAUGAUAACAGCUUUUAUGCGAACAUUUUAGAACUCCAGUUUUCAAAUCCAUGUUUAAAUCUGCAUUAACUUUUUAAAUAUACUUAAUAGUGAUCUUCUCUUCCCUUUUAGAAUUUAGUUGACUUGGGGAGGGGAACUUAUUGAGAAUAACAACAGUGGUGAAAGGGGGGACAGUUUUUUCCAUUCAAAAUGUAGAAAUAAAACUCAAGAAUUGUAUGAUUGACUCAAAAAGAAACUCCAAAAUAUGAAUUUGAAUAGCAGCAUUAUUGGUUUAAGUGUCUAGCAAAGGAAUUGAAUCUGAUGAAUUAAAGUCUGGUAUUUUUGUUUUUGUUUUGGUAUUGUGUUUUAAAAUAUUCUCGUUUAUAGUCACACUUUUAAUGCAAUACAUCAGGUUCCCAUAUUUUAGAAUUCUUUUUUUUCUCCUUAUCAACAUUCAUUUUAAAAAAAUGGUUGAAUCUUUAAACAGUGAGAAGAGUGAGCUUUGUUGUGUUUUACUUGACCUGAUCACAACUCCUAUCUGCCAGCUCCACGGUAACCUUGAAAACCCAGUAGCCCCUAGCUGGUUUUAACUGCCAUCACUUAACUGAUUUAAUCAUUACGUUUAAAAUUGUGUGCCAUGGUAACUGUUGAAAUUCAGACCAUUUUAAAAUGUGACAAAUGAGCUUCAUGCAAGUUGGUAACAGUUCUGGUACUAAAAAUUGUGGAGGUUUCUAAUGUUUACGUAACCUGUUUAGUAUUGAAUUCCUCUUCCAAGAGGGUCUUCUUAAGAAGAGACUGCUGUCAUUUACCUUGAACAUCUACAACCGGGGACAUCAGAUUUUUAAAGGGCUUUAUGUGAACUAUGAUAUUAUAAUUUUUCUAAGCUUUUUAAAGAAGAUAACAAUUAUGUACUAAUUGUGUUCAGAAUAAUAAGUCAGGAAAAGUUGAUGGUAUUCAUUAGGUUUUAACUAAAUGGAGCAGUUCCUUAUAAUAUCAAUUGUAUAGUAAGGAAAUAAAACACUAACUUAAUGUGUAUUCAGUUUAAAUGGUUAUGUAUUUUUAAAUUGCCAAGAAAAAUAAAACAACUUUGUACAUUUGAAGAUUUUUUUUUCCAGCAGCUUUUCAUCUUCAGUGUCUUAUUGUGGAACUUAACCCUCACCAGAAAAGGAUGUUGGCAGAAACAACCUCCUAGCACACUUUUUAAAUGAAUAAUGGUAGCCUACAACUUAAUAUUUUUAUAAGGUAUUAUAAUAUCAUUUUGUGGAUAAUUGAAAUAAAAAUUUUCAUUGAAUGUACCCACUUAUCUUUUUAGCCACUAUUCAUAUUUUCUGUGUUUUUUUAAAUUGGUAUUUAAAGCAUAUUCUGAAUUUGUUCUUCCCAUUAGAAAAAAAGUGUUCAGUUACAACUCUUGAGUAGAGUUAAAUGAAUUCUUUAUUAAAUUCAGAUCAUUUUAGAACUCAUUCUAUCUCUUUAAUUUUCCAUGUCAAGUGAGUGACUUUUUCACAAGUUUUUUUUUUUUUUUAAUUAUACCAGUUAAUGUAUCGUACAACAAAACCUAAGUAAUCUGAGUGAAGCUAUUCACAGUGAACCUGUGUGAAGGAUAGAAAAUAAAAUGACCACUUUGACCCUAAAGGACUUGAUUUUCUAAAAAUGAGAAAUAUGUGAGUCUUACUUCUGUGUGUAUUUUACUCUUCCUUUAUAGGUAUAAUGAAAAUAAAAUUAUACUAAAUUAUGAA